UCCCACCAACUCGAUCCCCCGAGCUCAAACAUACACACACAAACAUACACAGCGCAACGCCUCCCAGCUCGACUCCACGUGCUGCCGCCGCCGCCGGCGUAGACCUCCCGUUGGCCGCCAUGGACCCGCGCUUCCAGCUGGCAACUCCGGUGCCGUCCUCCGGCGGCGCUGGUGUGCGAGGGCACCACCGGCGGGCCCAUUCGGAGACGUUUCUGCGCUUCCCCGACACCGACCUCUUCCUCGACCCCGAUGGAGACUUCUCCUUCUCCGACCUCGACUUCCCAUCCCUCUCCGACGACUCCCCGGCGGUCUCCGACCCGACCCCGCCUCCUCCCCCGCCGAUGGCGGCCAGCUCGUCCCAGACACCGGCUCCCCGUCCACCGGGCGGGACCCACAACAGGAGCCUCUCCCUUGACGCCGCCUUCUUCGAGGGCCUCGCCUUGCAGGGGGGAGGAGGCGGGGGUGGUGGUGGCCAUAAGAGGAGCGGGUCCAUGGAUGGGGUGAACUCGCCGUUCGAAGGCGAGUCGGCGCUGUCGGGCGGGCUGGACUACGCCAAGAAGGCCAUGCCGGCCGAGAGGAUCGCCGAGCUAGCUCUCCUUGACCCCAAACGCGCAAAGAGGAUUUUGGCAAACCGGCAGUCGGCGGCGAGGUCGAAGGAGAGGAAGAUCAAGUAUACCGGUGAGCUAGAGAGAAAGGUCCAGACACUGCAGACCGAGGCCACUACGCUAUCAGCACAGCUUACACUUCUCCAGAGGGAUACUUCUGGUUUAACUACUGAGAAUAGAGAACUCAAACUUCGGUUGCAGUCCAUGGAGGAGCAAGCUAAACUACGGGAUGCUCUAAACGACGCUCUGCGAGAAGAAGUCCAGCGACUUAAGAUAGCUGCAGGGCAAGCUCCAAACAUGAAUGGGAGUCAAUUCAACGGCGUACUCCAGCAGAUUCCAUCCUAUUUCUCUCAGCAACAUCAGCGGCAGCAGCAACAGCAACAGAUGGCUUACUUAGGUGGGCACCAAGCUCAGCGUCACCAUCCAAACCAUCACCAGAGCCCAUCGAAUGGUGGCCAGUCGCUGAGUGGUCUGUCCCUAGACGACUCCAUGGAUUUCAUUUGAGGAGGAAAACUAGGGCCCUCCUAUUAAAUCAUACACCAACUGCAACUCAGCAUUGUACAGAUAGCUAAUGUACUAUCUAUGCAUAUGAAUCAUUGGUAGGGUAGCUAGCCGUUCGUUGUAUUUCUAUCAUUAAUCAGAAAGCAUGCUCUUGUAUGACAUAAUCUCCUCUUUCCCUUCUUCGUCUGUUUCUGGAGAACAAUUGAUGAUACUGGGAACUCUUACUUACAGAAAUGUGCUUUUCAGGUUAUAACUGUUACGAGAUA